UGUAGCUGAGACAGAGCUGGACGUCACCGAUGCUGGCAGGUCAGCUCAGCCGCUACGUCCCGAGUAUAAAGACCUAGCUAACCGUGGAAAACUAGCAAACAUUCCCCUCAGAAGAAGGAAGUAUCCCCUUUGACUCAAAUAUACCAAAUCAUUGUAGAACCGUGUCUGCGAUAAAAUGAAGAGGCGGAUACACUUCGGUUUUGUGCUGGUUUAUACCUUGGUCUCGUAUUUCUGCCCGUGCUCGGCGUUUUAUCUUCCGGGUUUGGCCCCAGUGAGUUUUUGUGAAGACGGUAAAGGUGGAGACGAUUGUCAGACAGUGAUCCAGCUGUUUGUCAAUCGCUUGGACUCAGUGGAGUCGGUCCUGCCUUAUGAGUAUGACGUGUUUGACUUUUGCAAAGAUGCCAAGGAAAUGAGGCCUUCUGAGAACCUUGGACAGGUGCUGUUUGGUGAACGAAUUGAGUCAUCACCGUACAAGUUCAACUUUAAACAAGAUGUUAAAUGCAAGGCAGUGUGCACAAAAGGCUACAAGAAAGACAACCAGGACGAUGUAACCAAACUGAACUUUCUCAAGAUGGGAAUGCAGCUGAACUACCAGCACCACUGGAUCAUUGACAACAUGCCGGUGACUUGGUGCUAUGAUGUGGAAGAUGGUCAGAAGUACUGCAACCCAGGCUUCCCCAUUGGCUGCCUCGUUACAUCAGACGGCAGACCUAAAGAUGCUUGUGUCAUCAAUGCUGAGUUCAACAAGAAGAACACAUUUUACGUCUUCAACCAUGUAGACAUCAAGAUCACUUACCACAGUGGAAAAACAGAAGGAUGGAGGGGGGCUCGGCUGGUCACUGCCACUCUGGAGCCAAAGAGUAUCAAACAGGCAGAUGAGAAUAACCCAAGCUGUGAUGGAGGAAACCCGAUGGAGGUCCCUGCAGACUUUGAGAAUGAAGUGAAGAUAACUUACACCUACUCUGUUGCAUUUGAGGAAAACAAUUCAAUCAAGUGGGCAUCUAGGUGGGACUACAUUCUUGUCUCCAUGCCUCACACCAACAUCCAGUGGUUUAGCAUCAUGAACUCCUUGGUCAUUGUCCUCUUCCUGUCUGGCAUGGUUGCCAUGAUAAUGUUGAGAACCCUGCACAAGGACAUUGCAAGAUACAAUCAGGUGGACCAGGCAGACUUGAUAAAGAUUCCACUCAUCAAGGAAAAAUCCUCUCUACCCUAUGAGGAUGCACAAGAGGAGUCGGGGUGGAAGCAGGUGCACGGGGAUGUUUUCCGUCCCCCCAGGAAAGGCAUGCUGCUGUCUGUGUUCCUUGGACAGGGCACCCAGAUCUUCAUCAUGACCUUCAUCACGCUCUUCCUGGCCUGUCUGGGUUUCCUGUCACCAGCCAACAGAGGUGCUCUCAUGACGUGCGCUGUGGUCCUCUGGGUUCUGUUAGGAACACCUGCUGGCUAUGUGUCUGCACGUCUGUACAAAACUUUUGGAGGUGAAAAGUGGAAGACAAACGUUUUGCUGACAGCACUCUUGUGCCCCGGUAUUGUGUUUGCUGACUUCUUCCUGAUGAACCUGAUCCUUUGGGUGGAGGGUUCCUCAGCAGCAAUCCCCUUUGGCACUCUGGUGGCCAUUUUGGCCCUUUGGUUUGGAAUCUCUGUACCCCUCACCUUUGUUGGUGCCUACUUUGGAUUCAAGAAACCUGCAAUUGAGCAACCAGUGCGGACAAACCAGAUCCCCCGUCAAAUUCCUGAGCAGUCCUUCUUUACUAAACCUAUCCCUGGUAUCGUAAUGGGUGGAAUCCUGCCCUUUGGCUGCAUCUUCAUCCAGCUAUUCUUCAUCCUCAACAGCAUUUGGUCUCAUCAGAUGUACUACAUGUUUGGGUUCCUGUUCCUGGUUUUCAUUAUUCUACUCAUCACCUGCUCUGAGGCCACAAUUCUGCUCUGCUACUUCCAUCUAUGUGCUGAGGACUACCACUGGUGGUGGCGCUCCUUCCUGACCAGUGGCUUCACAGCAGUCUAUCUGUUCAUCUACGCUGUGCACUACUUCUUCUCAAAGCUGCAAAUAAUUGGAGCAGCCAGCACCUUCCUCUACUUUGGAUACACAAUGAUCAUGGUCCUUAUCUUCUUCCUCUUCACAGGUACAAUUGGCUUCUUCGCCUGCUUCUGGUUUGUAAAUAAGAUCUACAGUGUGGUCAAGGUGGACUAGAGGACUGAGGGAAUGACUGACUGCUUACUGUCACAGCACCUCCUCAGUGCUGUGCUGUGUGAUAAAGUGGUCUGAAUGGACCUGAACUGAAACCAUGACUUAUCAUAGAAGACCUGAAGAGCAGAGCCCGUCCUCUUUCGUGCUUUAAACCUAUGUUGCUAUUGUUUCCUUUUUUAAAAUAUAUAUAAUUUUGUGUUCACUGUUGACCAGUAAUAUUUUGAGUGGCGCCUUGAAAAUCAGUGUGGGUUCCAAUGAUCUAGUUGUCAUAGUGAGCAGUUUGUUUCGGUGGGUUUAACAGGAAAAGCUUAAAUGUUUUUAAGUUUCUAAAGGAAGUAAAAUGUUCUGUAUUUUUGCUUUUAUAUAAUGUCAAAAUGUUUUGUUUUUCAUUCAAUGCUUCUAUUGUAAUGAUGAAAAAAAUGUGUGUACAUAUACUGUACAGAGCGAACAAGUGAGAGAAUGCUACUUAAAGAUUGUGACCAUUAUGGAAUCUUCUUUUAUUUUCUUUCUUUUUCUUCUCAAGGUAAAGUUGGGGCUAUAAAUCCUUAAAAUAUCAGCUUGUAUUGUAGUUGAGAAAUUAUAUAAAAACACUGACAUUGCUAUGGUACAUACAUGUCCAUUCUGAUUUGUAUUUGAUGGCUACACUCAAAUUUGCAUCGCAACAAAGUUAAAACUUGGUUAAGAAGCACAUCUGUAUCAUAGAAGAAUUUGCUACAGCUACAGUAUGUUGCACAUUAAGGAUGAUCUCUCAGUGACAUGCCUAACCUGUUUCACACCCCAGUGAAAUCCAUGAAUUUACUGGUGAAGUACAUAUGCACCGUUGAGAUGCACCCUUUUAGAUUUUAAUAAACAGGUGGCAGAACUGUAACUACAUAAAACACUGCUGCUUUUUGCUUCGAGCAGUGUGGAGUCAUCACCCAAGGUGAUAACAUUUUUACGAAUAAAUGCAGUUAAUUCAAAA